AUGGCUCCACUGCCUAUGGAUUCAGAUAUAUUCGACGUUAUUUUACUUAUGUGUGCUUAUCGUGAUACAUCCGAUGAACCACAUGUAGCUAAACCAAGUAAUGAAGAUCUCAUUAAACUUUGCCAUAAUAUGUUAAAAGAUCCUGAACAUGGAAGUGUGUAUCUAUUAGCACGAAAGGAUGAUAAGAUAAUUGGCUUUGCAUCACUCUGUUGGUCUUGUUCUUACAAACCCUAUUUCGGUCGACAAGCAAUUUUAAGUGAUAUAUAUGUUAGUCCAAAUGCUCUUGGUUUAGAUAUUGCAGGUUUAUUAUUAAAGCAAGCCUAUGAAGAACAAGUUUGUCAACAUACAAAUAUUCAUUCGAUUAUUUGGUAA